UUUCUGGUUCGGCAAUAUUUCACCCACGUUUGCUGAAGAUUUCUGAUAUCGUCAUCGACAUUGUCGACAUCAUCAUCUCCUUCAUCAUUAUCAUUAUCAUCACACUCAUGUUUACAACAGCUGCAGUCCUGUAGUAUUAUUGUAGAAUCAACAGUGUAACACUUUGACGGGAUCAGGCUAUGUUUAAUCAAGGAUGGCUUUUAAUGCUUUAUUUGCAAAUUUUCAGAGGAUGUAGCACGACGCAAAAGCAACACCUGAAAAUACCAACUGACUGUAAUGUCACACCUUGGGAUUUAUGUAUGGGUUAUACUAAAAUACAAUGUCGGGGAAAUUCGCUCGAUCUAAAUAAGCAACAUUCUUAACCCAGACUUCUGUAUGCCGGCAUCACCCACACUACAUCAGCUGGGGAAUGUAUGUCCUGUCUCAUACUGGGUCAUACCAGUAGUCGAGUGACAGCAAAACUCUUUAAGGAUGCAGCAGCCGGAAUGAUUCAUCUCUGUUUUUUCCUUAAAAAUACAGAAAAAUCACAGUUUCUUCACAGAGUUUUUUCCAGAUGUUCCACAGAUCAAAAUGUCACUUAUCCAGUUCUCCAAACAAACGUGUAGAUUAUUUCUGCUUUUUAUCAUUCCGGGAACGUUAAGUGAUGGGCAUGGUAGUAUGGGUACCUGUGAUAUGGACGCUACAACUUGCGAGUUUUUUCUUGACGUUCAAUUAUGGCUGCCAAUGCGGAAAGGCGUUAACCAGAAGGUAUACAUAAAUGAAACUAACGGCAAACUGUACCUGCAUGGCGGUGACCCUAACGUGACAAUAGAUCCAGAUGACGUUGUUCUUGCUGAUGGAUCAAAACAUGAAAGAGUUUUGUAUUUGUUCAAUAAAACAAUGCCUGGACCAACACUGACUGUCUACGUGAACCAAGAAGUUAUUGUUCAUGUGAAGAACAAUUUGAUAAGUGAUGGAAUCUCGGUUCAUUUUCACGGAAUCGAGAUGCGAGGUACUCCAUGGAUGGACGGAGCAGCGUUCAUUACCCAGUGUCCAAUAUUACCUGGUCAGACAUUUACGUAUAGAUUUAGACCGAACCGAAGUGGGACUUACUUCUAUCAUUCCCAUACUGGAACACAGAUAAAUAUGGGUCUGUCUGGAGCAUUUAUUGUUAAGGAAAAGCAAACUGACAAUACUGAGGAACAUAUUAUAUUUGUACAGGACUACAGUAAUGAACAAACAUCUGAUGAAGUCUUCACAAGAAUGUAUUUGGGGGACAUUAACCCCGACGGCGUCCCGCUUAGGCCUUCUGGGAAAAUUGAUGGUACUCUCGAAACUUUAGUAGAUUUUAAAUCCUCAUUAAUAAAUGGUAGAGGUAGAGUGUUUGACUCACAAGGAGGAGAAUUAACGAAAACGCCUUUAAGCGUCUUCAUGGUAGAACAUGGGAAACAGUACAGAUUUAGGGUGAUUGGAGGAGGCUUUGGUAUUCAGCACAAAGUGUCCGUUGAUGGUCAUAAGCUGAAGCUCAUUGCCGCCGACGGCCUAGAUGUGGAGCCAGUAAUUGCAGACUUUUUUAUCCUGCACAGCGGCGAGAGAUUCGAUUUCAUUAUUCAGGCUAAUGAAACGGCCAGUAACUACUGGAUUAGGGCAGAUACAUUACAACCAAUUAAAAACUUAGCCGGAUAUGCAAUUCUUAGGUACGAAGGAUCCGAAGAAGUCGAUCCAAUAUCUAGUAUCAAUAUGUGCAAUGAAAGUAUCCCAUGUACUGUUGUUAAUUGCCCUUUCGAAACGUAUCCAAACUGGAACUGUGUACAUAUUGAUGAAAUGCAUUCCAGUAACAAUGAUCCUGCGCCAUUAGCAACCUCGGCAAAUUUUAAAGAAUUCUUUGUUAAUAUGGCUGGAGCACUUGGUGAAGACGGUGUAGUAUAUUUACACAUGAAUGGAAUUAGUCUAAAACUGCCAACAGUGUCUGCUUUAACACAACCCAAAGAGCUUACUGGACUAUGUGGCAAAUGCAUGCCUAAUAAAGUUUGCUUUUGUAACAGACCUCUUAAUGUGGACUUUGGAGACGUUGUGCAGAUAAACUUUCUGAGCCGUGGAUUUUUGAACGUUAUUAAUCAUCCAAUCCAUAUACAUGGGUAUUCAGUUCAUGUGCUAAAGGUUGGUUAUCGCCAAACAAACGCAAGCUUUGCUAAUUUAGGAGAUAACGCCGAUAUUAACUGUCCUGGGCAGUGUUACUCCAAUGCAUCCUGGGCAAAUGAAACCUGGAAAGGAGGAAAUAUUCCCGGUGUGGAUCUAACUCGGGCACCGCGCAAGGAUACAAUAACAGUUCCGGCUGGUGGCUAUGCAGUCGUUAGAUUUGUAGCAGAUAACCCUGGACUUUGGUAUAUUCACUGCCAUCAAGAAUUUCACAGCAAAUUUGGUAUGGGAUUACUUCUGAACGAUUCCUUUUCACGCAUUCCGCCUCCCCCGGCUGGAUUUCCAGAAUGUAGAAGCUUUCCGCCUCCAGAUUGGGUGGCCAAUCCACCACAACCGACAAACAAUGAUGACGACUCAGAGGUUGACAAGGCAGAAGAGAGGACGUUUUCCGAAGAAGAGUUUUGGGGAAUGUUCGGAGCACUCAUGUUUGUCAUUUUGCUGCAGUUUAUUUUGUUCAUUAUCUGUAUGAACAGACAUAACAAAGCUUCGGUGUCGUUCUAGUUGAAAAUCAGCUGUACUGUCAUGCACGGCAAUAUCUUGCGAUGCACCGUCUGUUCCGUAUAUGCAGCAUUGGAGUAGUUUGAGGUCGUUAAGACUCUUUCAUUUUAGUUUGUUUAACAUAAUACAAUGAGGAAAAAGUACGGGUUUGAUUUCGAUAAUGUUUAUAAACCGUGUGUAUAAUGAUAUAUUUAACUUUUUCCCAUUGUGAAAAAUAAGCAAAAUAAGUAACUUAAACCAUUGACAUAAACUUUGCCAUUAAAAUUCCGUUAUGGAAAUUUACGAAAAUAAUACAUAACAGCGGAAUAAAAUUUUACGCAAAUUUUGGUUUUUAUUCAAAUUACCACUGAUUGAAAAUCCUUACGUUCAAUUUGUCAAACCAUAUUUUUUCAAAACAUCAAUGUAUUCGAAGUAAUUCCAUCAAAUAUAUUUAUUCAGAACAUCAAUGUAUUCCAAGUAAUUAUAUUAAACCUUAUUUAUUCAGAACAUCUGUGUAUUCAAAGAAAAUUUUUUAAACCGUAUUUAUUCAGAUCAUUUCUUAAACCGUGUUUAUUCAGAGCAUCAAUGCAUUCGAAGUAAUUUUAUUAAACUAUAUUUUUUCUAGAUAAAAUUAAUGUUAUAUCGUCACCGUGCGGAAUAGCUGCACAAUUAUGUAAAUGUUUUAGCGCAUAUUCAUUUUUUAAAUUUACUUGUCACGUUGUUUUAUAUAAUACUAUACAACGUAACGUUUUAUUUUAUGUGUAUAUAGCUGAUUAAAAAAAAAUAUAUAUUAAUCAUUCGUUAAAAAUAUUUAAUAAACAUUUAUACGA